GUGUUUUUAUACCAAACAAAAGUUUUUAUAUCUCAGAGAUCAAUUUUUAUCUUUUCAAGAGGAAAUAUCUAUAAUAUGUCGAAGUAAACGUUCUCAAGCAGUGAAACUAUGCAUACUAAGCUUUAUUUAGGAGUACUAGUGUCUGUCAUACUAGGAAUAACAUUUUCAUGUCCAUCAUGUUUUUCAUAUAUUUUAUUUGGUCUAUUACUUAUUGUCAGUAUUGUUCUGGGGAUUUUCACUGCUUUUUGGUUAAAUGUAUAUCUGUCUCUACCUCAUAAGACUACUGUAGGAGCUGAACACCAUUUGAAGCAGGCAGAAAAUUUUAGGAGCAGUAUUGUUAUGGACUAUGAGUCCUCUCCUGCAGUAAAGAAUGUGAAUCCACAGCUGCCCCAAAUUUUUGGAAAAACUGUAGAUAGUUUGCUCCAGCAACUGUUGGACUUUGUAUUAAGGGAUUAUAUUUUGGUUUAUAUCAAGGAUUACACAUUUGAAACAGAUAAUUUAGGAAAUAAUAUUAAGGACGAUUUCUGGGGAGCAAUAAAUAAUCUUCACGAAAAGUUAUCUUCCGUUGAUCAGGCAAAAUUAAUAGCAAGUGAUAUUGUACUAAAAGUUACAACACAUUUUGAAAAGAUACGAGAAGCUAAGGCCCUUGUAGAGGAUUCUGACCUACCUCCAGUCUUUCAUUUAUCUCCACAUGUGAUGUCAUCUGAAAAGGAAAUAGAAUACUUGCGCACAGUUAGUGAAUUAAUGAUAAUGUUUCUAUUACCAAGAACAUACUCCCUAUCACCUACUAAAUAUUUUCUACGUGAAGUAUUAUGCUGUAAAGUAUUCAAACCACUGAUAGACACUCUAACUGACCCUGAUUUCUUCAAUAGAAACAUUAUCAAUUACAUUGAAGCUACACAGAUGCAAGUGAAUUUACCUAAGAAAGUUUUGGAAAAUGCAAACAAUUUUGAAGAACUUAUUGAUAAAAUUGAUGAUGUACAGGUUUUAAGAUCAAUUAGAUACACCAUUGUCACGAAACUCAUGCAAGCUACCACCCUGCAAAACUUAAACAGAGCCAAAGGCGUGGAUCUCGACAAUGAUAAGAACAUAUUAUCAUCAGCUGGUAUACCAAAGUCUGAUAUAAAUGCAGCGAAGAAGCUUAAAAAACAUAUCAAUCAGUUAACGCUAGCGAAAAAGAAUUGCGAGAAGAAAUUGAUCAGUUUAGGUUGGGAUUCUGGGUACCAGUACGGCGAAGAGAUGAAACGAGUUUUAUCACUUCAAACAAUUUUGGAACACGUGUUAGGCAGAAAAUACCUAUCCCAGUUCUUACAAACGGUAGCCAGUAACGAUCUGAUCCGUUUUUGGUCAGCAGUGGAAGAAUUACGCACAUCUCAGAAGACAAAUUGGCAUCAAAUCGGAGCUGAAAUAUUUUAUACCUUUAUUCGAAAUCCUGUUUCUGAAAUUAAAGUUGACAAGAACACGAAAAAGCGCAUGGAAGCUUUUUUAUUAGGAGACAAAGGACCUGAAGUUUUCUACGAAGUCCAAAGCCAAGUCGUUCAAACCAUCGAAGACAAGUACUACCAACCGUUUCUAAUCAGCGAUUACUACAAAGAAAUGGUGAAUGCAAUUGACAACGAAGAAAGCAUAACUGACGAAAGUGGAUCAAUGGAAGAACGCCAGAUUUCGACAGAUUCUGCAGAAGGCGUCGAAAACACCUUAAACGUCGGAGAUCAUUCAAACUACGCUAGAAGGAAGUUAGAUCAGUUAGAGGAGAAGUUAAAUAACAAGACACAGGCUUUAGCUGCACUGAAAUCAUCAAUGAGACCUGAAUCUAAAGUUUUAAGUAAACUGGAAAAAGAGGUGGAAUGGUUAGAAGGUGAAAAGAGGCAGCUGGAAGCUCAUAUAUCUAGAACAGAAAUAUGGGCAGAUAAUUUGGGUAGAUGGAGAGCUUAUGUGCAGUCCGCAGAGGUUUCAGAUGAAAAAGAACCCCCUCAGUUCGUGUUGGUAGUGCAGAUGGCCGAGGACGAUUCCCCCGAAGGAGAAGAAGCGAUUUGCACAGGGUGGGUCGUAUGUAGAAAUCUAACUCAAUUUCAGGAGUUACACAAAAAAUUGCGCCCUCUAUGUUCAGAUGUCCGUAAUUUGGAUUUGCCUACAAAUACUUUCAAAUUUCUGUUCGGAAAAAAUGAUAAAGUAACUCUGGAAAAGGCGAAACAACAAAUACAAAAGUAUUUGAAUUUUGUCUUAAAAGAUGACAGGUUGAAUCAAAGCGAAGCCAUAUACGCAUUUCUGAGCCCCAGCUCAGAAAAUUUGAAACAUUCUACACCGAAUACCAAGAAGUCAAGAUUUUCUUUUUCAACGCUCUUUAAGAGUGGUAGUGAGCAAAGUAAAGAUACUUAUUCAAUUCUUAAAGAAAGUGAAGAGGACGACAUAUCUCAGUGUUUAGACACUGUAGACACCGUAGAUUUUACUAAAAGUAACGGAAAUUCCUUAAAAAUGGCUGACGAUACAAUUGCUGAACCUUUGUACGCGCUCCUAAGCGAAAUAUUUGACAUGAGAGGCGUAUUCAAGUACGUCAGAAAAACUCUUAUAGGUUUCGUACAAGUUACGUAUGGCCGCAACAUUAACCGACAGAUUUAUGAUACGAUUUCGUGGUGGUUUUCGGAAGAAAUGCUUCACUACUACUUGACUGUUAUCCUGAAGAAUUUCUGGCCCGGUGGUACUUUGGCAGAGAUGGGACCCAUCAGAUCGAAAGAGGAGAAGCUGCAAACUGCCCAAAAGGCCCAAGAAAUGUUUGUCAACAAUGUCCCGGAACUUUUAACGACUUUGGUGGGGAAUAAUGCCGGUAGACUUGGGGCGAAAAAAGUGUUUGACGCAUUCCAGGAGAAAAAUAUGAAUAAGCACUUGAUUUACGAAGUAAUAGAGGUUGUCUUGGAUGCGGUAUUUCCAGAAUUAGGCUGAAUUUUGUACACAGCUGUUUUCAAUAAUGGUCUAGUCAAAUUACUAUACUUUGCGAUUAAGUUCUAAAAAAAUAUUUUUCUCUAAUGAUUGUAUCUUUGUUUUAACUGUGAUAUUUUAUUUUCUACAUUUGCCUAUCUAUGACAUGUUAGAUGAUAUACAUUAAGUAUUAAUUACUAUGAUUUAUUACCACUGAACAGUAUUUUAUAAAUUCCGUCUGAAAUGCUUUUAUUAUUCAUGUAGUAAACAAAUAUUUUAAAUAAAU